AUGGCUGACAUCGAGCAUGAAUCGACGGAGCCGGACUGGCCCGUAGGUCCGCUGCUGUCGGACCGCAUGUCGGUGCUGUGCCUUAAGGCCGAAUACGUGGGCAAUGCGAACCCCAACUUCAUGCACGGCAUCGAUUCACUAAACGCGCGCUAUGAGGCGCUUCGACGCGUUCGUGGAGAUGGCAACUGCUUCUUCCGGGGCUUCAUCUUCGCACUAUGCGAGCAGCUAUUGCCGACUGGAGGUGCUGGGGGUGAGGAUAGCAACGCAGCACUACGAAGUCGCAUUCAGGAUAAGAUCCAGAUGAGCAAGAGCGAACUGGUGGCUAUCGGAUACAGUGACGUGGCCAUCGACGCAUUCUGGGAGACGUUCGUGGACUACUUAGCAGCCAUGGAGACACGUUCGCACGCGGAGCUAGUACAAGAUUUCCAGACAGAGGGAGGAGAAUCCGAGUACUUGGUCUGGUACAUGCGGCUGCUCACCGCCGGGUACAUGAAGAAGAACGCAGAGACCUUCCAGCCUUUCAUUGACGGUCUGUAUCCGGGCCAAACGGUGGCACAGUUCUGCGCUGCAGAGGUGGAGCCUAUGGGGAAGGAGUGCGACCAGCCCCAAAUUGCAGCACUGACAGAGGCGCUCCAAGUCGGGGUCAAGAUUGAGUAUCUGGACGGAAGUGCCGGACCUGGGGAGGAUCUGCAGAGCUACGUGUGUUCACCCACAGUGGAGGCAACCACACAGCAAGAGCCUGUGUCAAUCACGCUACUGUAUAGACCGGGACACUAUGAUAUCUUGUAUCCGCGCGAGUCUGAAGAGAAGGAGGCAGAAUAG